GCUUCGGGGAGCGGCGUGCUCAGCGGGGCGAGGCCUCCCGAGGGCGGCCGGGGAGACGUGACACCUGCUUCCCUGGCCCUGGCUCCCCGUGUGCGGCGGGCAGAGCGAAACGUGCUUUUCUUUUAUAGGUAAAAGGGACGAAUGCUUGAUUUGUAAAGUUCCAUGUCGUACGAUUCUGCUUUCAAAACAUACUCCGACAUCCGGGCGCUCUUUCUGGGCAUCGACGGCCUGUGUAGGAAGUACUCCAUGGAGACCUCCCAGGUUUCAGAAUUUCAGGAAAAGCACAGGAGGAGACUGCUGGCCUUCUAUGGAGAAAAGAUUUCCAGCUUGGAGGAGUCCCUCAGGAAGUCGGCGCUGCAGCUAGAGCAGCUGCAAAGCGUGAGAUUGGCCCAACAAACAGCUUUUGGCACAAUAAAAACUCCAGUUUCGACUCCCACUGCAAAGCCCAGCGGGCCUGUGUUCCUGCCACCUGAUUCCUCGGCCUCUCAGAGCAGGGUGGAGUCCAUGGAAGUCGACCUCGCCCCCUCCCCAAGGAGAAAGCCCGAGGCCACGGCCGGCCCUGCAAGGAUCUCCGUGAUCAGUCCGCCUCGAGACGGACGCAUGGGCGUUUCAUGUCCGUCGUUGGUCGGAAGCCCAAGGCAAGAAAGCCCCCGGGUACUUGAGGCCAAAACUGACAAUUAAAAAGAGAGAAAUAGUUCACUCAACGCUUUGUAGUUUGAACACUUCAGUAGCCCGCUGUCAGUGAUUGAAGGAACAACCAGACAAGCAAGGAGACGGGAGGCUGCGCGCCGGCAAACCUGACAUCCGCCAGCAGCAGAGUGGCCUCCCACGGGCAGGUGGGCGCGCUCCAGGGCAGGCCCUGCGCUGGGGGCGCCUGAGAGGAGUCUCAUCAUGCGGAGUGCGUUUGGGACCACAGUGGGAUUAAAUUGUAAACCAGCAACAAGGGAAGUGAGAGUAAAAAGGUUGUUUGGAAAUGAAGCAGCACAGUUACGACCAGCUUACGGACCAAAGGAGAAAUCGCAAGUAGCAGCAGGAAACAUCUUGAACUGCAUGAAAGCAAACACCUCGGGUCGAAGUUUGUAGGGUGCUGGUGGGGUGACGCUGGGAGGGGAUGCGGAGCUUUUCAUGCGGACGUUGGGAGGGAGGCCUGGAAACAGUCGUCUAAGCUCCCACCCGGAGAAGCUGCGAGACGGUGUCUGCGGAGGAGAAACAGAAGCAGUAGAGGAAGCCAGCGGGACUGCAGUGCCUGGACUGCCCAGGAGAGCGGACACACGGUGGGACUCGGGCGACAGAGGGACGUUGCCGCACAGCCUGCAGCUGCUCCAGCGUCAUAGGGAGCGUUACGAGCAACUCUGCCCACAGAGUAGACGGCUUACGUGAAGUGGGCAAAUUCCUGAAAAGACAGAAACGGUCGGAACUACCUCAGAGGAAGUACUUAAUGUGGGAGGACCUCCAUCAGGUGAAGAAGCUAAGUUAGUAACUUCUCAAUGUUCCCACGAAGAAAAGCCUGUUUCUCAGCGUCUUUGUGGACAAACUCUAUGAAACGUGUGAAGAACUAGCGCUGGUCCUGCAUAGACUCUUCCAGGAAGUGGGAUCAGACGCUUCCUGGCUCGGUCCAUGAGGUCAGCAGUGUUUCCACAGCACAGCCAGGCGUCCCGGGAGAACUGAGCGGUAUUCCCCGUGAGCGUGGCGCAGGGCCCACAACACACACGAGGCAGUCAGUGUAGCAGCAUGUAAAGAGGAUUUUACACUGUCACCAGGGGGCUCAGCUCAAGAAUUGAAGGUUAUUUGACAUCUGAAAAUCAGUUGACUAGUAGAAUAAAGGACCUAAAAAAUCUUUUCACCAGGAAAAGAACUUGAGGAGGGGAGGAUAGAGCUCCGUGGUAGAGCGUGUGCUCGGCAUGCCCAAGGUCCUGGGUUCAAUUCCCAGCACCUCCAUUAAGAAAGGAAGAAAAGAAAAAAAAUCUGGCAAAAUCCUAGUCGUUGACGGUAGAACCUCUCAAACACGUGAUAGAAGGACAUGUCCUAGUCUGAUGAAGGGCGUCCACCAAAAGCCCACAGCCCGUGUCAUGACGCUGAAAUAGUGAACAUUUUCUCUCAGUACCGGGAAGUGGUGGGGAUGUCUGCUGGCGGAGCAGAGGUCAAGGGGCGUGGGUUGGAGAGGAGGCGGUGUGACUGAGGACAGCGUGGUCUGGAGGAGCAUCACGAGGGAUCAAGGAGAAGACGGUGGGAAAUUUUAAACACGGCUGUGCGAGGUCGGGAUUCCGUCCCUCCAGCCAGCAGGACUGAAUUAGUCGAGUGGCGCUGACAGUCGAGGUCGGUCCUGUUGGUUAGUGUGUCCCCCCCUUUCUGCCGUAAGUGUCAUCGUCAUGGUUACUGGUGCUUCACGGUGAGGUUUGAAAUCAGGUGCUGGUACUUAUUUCCCAGAGUAACCUGGGCUGGUCUAAGCCUCCGCGUCUCUGUAAAUCUGAAUGUCCGUUUGUCGGAUUCUGCCAGAAUCCCUGCUCGGGUUCCGGUGGGAGUGUCACGGAACCUGCCCUUGAGCCGGGGAGAGUCGCGCCUUCAGUCCGCGGACGUGACACACCUGCCGACUGGGUCCCUCGUUCACGCUGGUUUCUGAGGAAUCCGGUGGUUUUCGAGGUACUGGCCUUACGCUUUCUUGGUAAAUUUGUACCUGAGGAGUUAAUUACUUUGAAAGUGGAUUUUCCUUCAUUCAGUUUCAGCUUAGGUGCAGUUUGCACAGGGUGUCUUCUCAACCUUCGCUGUCACCUGUCUGUCCUUGGAGCCAGCACGUGCCUCAGGUGGACAGUACGUGGUCAGAUCCUGCUUGUAACCUCUGCCUUUUGAUGGGAGUGUUCAGUCCCUCGAUAGUCAGUGUAGUUGUUGGUAGGUUUGGGUUUGUCUCCCACUUUGCUGUGUGUUGUGCAUCCACCGUGGGAUGUUUGGUUUGUCUAAAUCUCCUUAACUGCCCGCUUUGCAUUCAGUAUCUCUAGUGCAUCAUUUGCUGUGGAUUGAGUUGUGUCCCUGCAAAACUGUGACUGCACUUGGAGGCGGUGUCUGGGGGUAAGGGUGGUGCCUGAUCAGAUGGGACUGAGUCCUCAUGCAGGAGACGCACCUGCGGGGCUCCCGGCCCCUUGACCUUGGACUCCAGCUCCAAGUGCAGCGGGGGCGGAGCUGGGACACUGGUCCCUGCACUGGUGUGCAGGCUGCGCUGUCUCCGGCCAUCCCCUUGGGGACCAGGCCCGGCACCCCCUGCAGCCAGCGCUCCCUGGGCUCUGGUGAAGCCAGUGACUUUGUGAGCUUCACUCCCGUGUCGUCACGCAUGCUGGGACCCCAGCCAGGCGGUGUUGGAAGUACUUCCUGUGAAGAGACUAAGCUCGCAGGGGACACGGAAGCGCACAGACCCCUGCACUUGUCACCUCUCUGGGGCUGGUACUGUUGGCAGCUGCUUCCAGUUAAACCAAAGGCCCGGUUUAUCGUAGCGCAGGUCAGCUGGUGGCGAAAUCUCCCAGUUUUGUGCACAUUUGAAUGCCUUCGUCUUCGUUUGGAGGGUAUGUCACUGGACAUGAACCCUUGUUUGGCCACGACGAGCACUUGCAGUCGUGUCACCGCCUCCGGCUUCCUGCGUUUCUGACGAGGGGUUGGCCGCAAGCCGCCUUCCUCUGGUGCCAUGAGUGUUCUCCUGCUGCCUGGAAGUCCGCCUGUCCCUGCUCCCUGUGGCUUUGGGGACCUUCUCGAAGUCGGCAAGUGCGAGUCCUCCAGCCUUGUCCUUCGUCUCGGGGAUGAGGGGCUGCAGCCCUGGCCAUGCCUCCUUCUCCCUGGCCCCUUCCCACCGGGCUCGGCCCUCUAGAGGGUUCCCUGGUUUCGGUUCCACCAUGGCUGGAGGUCCCUUCUCCACAAACAUUUGCAGGCGAGUGGAGGAGCCAUGGGCGCAGCGUCUCACUCCCUGGCCCAUCUGUCCUGUGAGCCGUGCUGACCCUUCCAUGGCCCCUCGCGCCCCCCCAGCACCGUCGGCACUCAGUGUCCCAUCCACACGACAUCACGGCCCCCGGUGUCCCCAUGCUCCUGACAGUGAAACUCAUCUUUAAGUGUCGACACGUUUUCCAUUUUGAUUUUCAAAUGGAAGUCUUUCCAAGGAGCAGAGAGCAGCUUGCUUUCCUGAGCAGAAGCAGCCUAACUCGGACUGUCCUGUUGCUGGUGGAGCUUCCUCUGGUCACUGCUUCUAGUCGGGCUGCAGCCCAGCCCUGAGGAUGGCCUCCUCGGGCCCCUGGCAUCGCGCCUCCCUCCAGCAGCAAGCUGAGUCACCACCCUCAGGACAGAGGCCUGCUGUGGCCUAGCAUCCGCAGGCAGGACUGAAGGACCCCUGUUCUGGGGUCAGAGCACUGCCCACACGACCUCGUGAGUCACUGACCUCCUGGCCCUCGGUGUCCUUGUCCGUGCUGUAACAGCUGUGUCCACAAGGGACCGUGCCCGGUGGGUGGGUAAGAAGCCGCCCUGCUGAGCAGCGCGGCGCUGGGCACGUCGUCUCUGGACAGAAGGGCCUUGAUGUCACUCAUGUCCAGCUGCGCCCGGAACCGUGCCGCCAGGUCUGAUAAGGCCAACAGAUGAGACAGUGCCACAGGGAAGGAAGUUUUUACUCACAGUCCCUGGAAGCAGGAGGCAGGGCCACUCAGGAGGCCAAGGGGCCAAGGGGGCCACGGAGGCAAGAGCCUCCGCCGUGGUUUUGGGGGAAGGAGUGGGCAGGGCGGUGGGUGCAGGCCAGCUGGGUUUGGGGCUGGCAGUCCUGGCAUAGGCACGGCCUCGUUUGUCUGAUGUCCACCUGGGCUGAUCAGGGCAGAGUGUGGCAGGCAGACAAGAGGAGGGGUCACGGGCACACUCCGCUCACCUGCUGGCCUCUGCCGCCUGUGGGAGUCAGCCAGCCCUGGGAGGGGCAGUCUCCCCAAGGUUAGCACGGCCCCCCUCGGAAAACACAGAAAACAGCACAGUUAACGCAGUGCUAAGGGGGGUUCUAUUCCCCAGCCCGCUGCUGUGGUCCUCCAGGGGGCACCUGCAGUGGGCAGUCCUCCUGGCCUGCACAGCCCAGGGGUAGAGAUGAGGCCUCUACUGGCCUCUUAGUGCUGUGCAGCCUCGGGCAAGGUGCUCCCCCUCUCUGAUCCUUCGGUUAUGCGCAGGGUAACAGGAAAGGACACAGAAGGAGCCUGACCUUAGUGCUGUCUUCCCAUCCUCCCCUGGCUUUCUCGAACCAUCGGAACUCACCCGUCAGAUGCAGAGGAAUUUGGGUAUCGGGAAGGGGCAGUCUUUCCGCAUUUGCCUUUGGUGGGACUGACACGUACCAGGGACCAUUUAUAUCUUUAAAAGAGGCUUCUUAUUCGCUCAGAAGGUUUCAACAGAGACUGAGGCCGUGUGAAAAUCCCACGGUUUGGGUGGAGAGGACACAAGUCGUCCUGGGGCCCGUGUCAGCCCCGCUGUCCUGCCCCCUCCCUCCCAGCAGAACUGAAGGGCUUCCCUCCCGGGUUCUCAGAGUCACUGGAGCCAAAAUCAGUGGGAGGGUCCACACCAGGGCUGCCCCUCCUCCCUGAUGGAGCCCUGGCGGUGGGUCCUGAGACUUGGCAGGACCAGGGCCGGUGCUUGGCCGGAACGCUGAAGGGGGUGAGGAGGAAGCAGCCCUGUGCUCACACACACCUCCAC